CAUUUCAUUGCUGUCACUGGCUAGAGAGAAAAGUUCACAUCACUAAUCAAAAUUGAGUUUCACACAGAUGACCGGAAUUCCGUAAUAUUUUAAAAUAUUUUAGAAAUUUAACAAAAUGAGCAAUCUGAAGCAAAUGUACAAAAUCCUCCCUGGCCUAGCCAGGCGGGCAAUAACCACAGGGACAUUGAGAACCCAAGUACCACAACUGCGGCUCCCGCAACUGAUGCGCCAAGCUACCAAAACAAACUCAGCUGUUUCCAAAUGCAUGUUCAGAAGCAUCCACACCACCCCGAAAGUGGAUACUGCGGAGAACACGGCCGAGGGCAGCAUUCCGCUGGUGGAUCUUCAGUCCAAGUUGACAUUGGUCUACACCUGUAAGGUGUGCGACAAGCGCAAUUUGAAGACCAUUUCCAAGGUGGCCUACGAAAAAGGGGUCGUUAUUGUGAAGUGUGACGGCUGCUCCAAGCAUCAUCUUAUAGCCGACAACCUGAAGUGGUUCUCAGAUCUCAACGGGAAGCGCAACGUUGAGGAGAUACUGGAGGAGAAGGGCGAAAAAGUUUAUCGGCUGUCCUUAUCCACCGAUAAUGUUGAGUUCCUUCCCAAACCAGAAGCUUAAAUUAUAAUUACUGUUUUGUUUUAACUAUAAACGAAUGCGGCUUUACUGAGCAA